AUGUCCGAUGUCGAUUGUCGUCGACAAUUUGUCAAGCCCAGAGGCCAGAACAGUUUACGUCAAACAGUGAUAGCAGAAGGGGGUCUGUGUUAUUGUACUCUUAUUUGUUAUCUUCAAGAAUUUUAUUAACUGGGAUUCAUUGAGGAAUUUAACCACAUAUUUCAAGAGAAAGUGCUUGGCGCGCAGUCAAAAUCAGGAUGAAUUCUAUCACAAGUAUAUUCAGAAUAAUUAACACAAGCAGUAGAAGCUUAAGAACAUUAAGUAUACCAGGACAGCAUAUAGCUAAAAUGGCUACGAACGCGUCUGUAUCAGAAAUGGAGAAAGAGAGGGAAUUGUUUUUAGACGUCUUCCCAAGUAUUAUGGACACACUGGUAACAAAGACCAAGUUUUCUCAUGUACCACAUGUCGCUAAUUGGACCAAGAAGGUACUUGAAUACAAUUUGCAAGGUGGUAAGAAGAAUCGUGGACUUUCGGCUGCUCUUGCUUACGAGAUGCUAGAAGAUCCGGAGAAAAUAACAGAGGAAAAGCUCAAAAUCAGCAGAGUGUUGGGCUGGUGUGUUGAAAUGCUGCAAUCGUAUCUGGUGGUCGUGGAUGACAUGAUGGACGGCGCCACCAAACGCCGCGGCAUACCAUGCUGGUAUUGUUUACCUAAUGUGGGACUUGGGGCUAUUAACGACUCCAUUUUGAUAUAUUCAGCAUUAAAAGAGAUAUUGGCUGCACAUUGUAAACAUUUGCCUCAAUACGAGCUCAUAGUAAAUGAGUAUGAUGAGGCGUUGUUAUACACAACUAUGGGUCAACACUUGGACUUUGAAAUGGCUCACAGGCACAAAAAGGACUACAGUCUGUUCACAACAGAGAAAUAUAACUCUAUAGCGAAGUUUAAGACCGCGUACUAUACGUACAAGCUUCCUGUUUGUUUGGGUUUAUUAUUGGCAAAUAAGACAGAUCCCGAAACUCACAAGAGGGCUGAGAGUAUAUGCAUUGAUAUAGGACUUUUGUUCCAAAUGCAGGAUGACUUCAUAGACUGCUUUGGAGUUGAGACAUUGACUGGUAAGAUUGGUAACGACAUCCAAGAAGGUAAAUGUUCUUGGCUGGCGGUCCAAGCACUACAACACUGCAGCCAAAAACAGAGGACUGUGUUCGUAUCGUGCUACGGCAGCCCAGAACCGGCCCAUAUAGAGAGAAUUAAGAGAUUAUAUGAAGAAUUAGAACUGCCAGCAUUAUAUCACAGGACUGAGAAACAUUUGUAUGACACGAUCAUCAAGAAUCUAGAACAGUUACCGCCCGACAGCAUGUCACCAAAGUUAUUUGUUAAGCUGCUUGACCUUAUUUAUGAUAGGAAGAACUGAACAUUAAUAUCAAAGUUACAUAUAGGACCUAAAAAAUUUAUGGGUUAUAGGAAAUGAUGUUUAUUGGUGUUCCUCGUGGAGGCUGCAUGAAUAUUAUAAGGAUUCAAUAUCCUCGGGUAACUUACUACUUAGAAACUGUGUUAUAUAUACAAAUCAUAUAGAAUUUUAAUAGAGAAUUCAGUUUUAUAUUCUGUAUUCAAAGCUAUUUUUAUUUGAUAUAUUUUUAAUAACUGACUAUUUUGUAUACACUUGUAGUUAUAUAUAUUAAGGCACUUGAUUGAAGUAACAUUUUAAUGUCCACUGACAAUUGUACAUAAAAUAAUAAUACAAAGUAUUGAAAGGUUCGUUAAACUUAAUGUCUAUGGUUAUCAUUUAUGAGGGAAAUUCAUGUCGGCUAUGACUUAUGCUUAUGUCUACUUAUUUUCAUUAAUAGUUUCGCAGUUUGUAUGGAAAAUAUCAAAUUCCUUUAUUACAAGUAUGAAAGUUUUUUUUUAAUU